AUGUCCAAUUUGGCUGCAACGCCCGCAGCGCCGUUCACUGCGCACCCUCUUCGCAGACGUUGCAUUAUCAUUACACCUAUCACCCUCUGCCUCAGCGAUCUGAUCAGCUAUCUAGCUAACUGUCUAGGACCCCUCUGCCUGCUAUCUACUAAGCGCCUGUACUUAACUACUAAAUCUACUUCUUAA